ACUCUUGUAGUCAGCUGGAGGAUUAGUCAGUCCACUCACUGCUCUGCCUGCUGACUGUACAGAGACUGGAGCAGACCUCUGAGGCACUGCAGAGAAGGAACAUGAAUGAUAACACUCAGGACAAAGAAGUGCUGAAGCAGAUUGAGAGGGAAGUUCGAAUGCGGGAGGGUGCCAGUAAGCUAUUGGCAGCCUGUUCCCAGAGAGAGCAGGCCCUGGAGGCCUCAAAGAGCCUGCUUACCUGCAAUGCCCGCAUUCUGGCCUUGCUCAGCCAACUCCAGAGGAUGAGGAAAGCUCAAAUCCUAAAGAGGAUGGGGCGCAGGCCAUCUGAAGAUAUAGUGGCAUGCACUGGAAAGGUUGCCCUAUCAGACCUGCGAAUCCCACUCAUGUGGAAAGACUCAGAGUAUUUCAAAAACAAAGGAGAGCUGCAUCGCUGUGCUGUGUUCUGCCUGCUUCAGUGUGGUACAGAGAUCUAUGACACUGAUCUGGUGAUAGUAGACAGGACUUUAACUGACAUCUGUUUUGAAGACACCAUCAUAUUUAAUGAGGUAGGUCCAGAGUUUCAGCUUUGUGUUGAACUGUACAGCAGUUGUGCGGUCGAGGAUUUCUCCCCAGGGGUUCUAGGACCCAGGAGAGCGAGCUCCUCUGGGAAAAAGAUCCGUGCUGCCUUUGAGUCUGCAGCUGUUUGUGGAUCUGUUUCCACUGGAGGAGAAGCAGAACAUGGAAAUGUGUCCCCGUCUUUGUCCCCUGAUCUGUCUACACUGGGGCCAAAGUAUAACCUGCUGGCUCACACAACACUGAGAAUCGAAAACGUGCAGGAAGGUUUCAAGACACAUGAUCUGUCUCUAGCAGCAGCAGAGGACAGUCCAUUCUGGUUGCCUCUAUAUGGAAAUAUGUGCUGUCGCGUCGUUGCUCAGCCUCUGUGUAUGAUUCAGCCAGUCAUAAGUGGUCAACUCAAGCUUGGAGAGGACCUUAAUUGCCAGGAAAAUGUCUAUGGAGUCCUCAGGGGGCAAAGUCUUCUCUGCUAUCAGAGUCAAGAAGACCUGGAGUCUGAGGACAAACCAUUACUUGUAAUCCCCAUCAAAAAGGAUACCCUUGUCUGUGCUUUCAAGAGAGAUCCUGACAAUUCUCAGAGUAUAUACAUCAGCACACAGAGUCAAGGAGAGGAUGUAGCCUACACCCUGACCAUGCAUACGCCUGAAGACAUGCAGUACUGGACUAAGGCCCUCUGGCAGCACAUCUAUAACAUGAGCCAGUGGAAGCAGUGUUGUGAUCACCUCAUGAAGAUUGAAAUGCCAAGCCCCAGGAGAUCCAUCGCAGUGAAGCAGGGAUCGCUAUACCAUGAAAUAGUAACACCCACCUCUUCAAGAGAGGGUCUUGUGGUUCCAGAUUUAUCUGUAGAGAUCCGGACCUUGCUGUCUUCUUACUACAAGGAAAGUUAUUGAUGACCCUGCCACAGUUGCACUGGAGGAGUGAGAAACUGUUCUAUGUGGUUACCAUGCCUUGGUCAAGGAAACGAGCAUAGACAUGAUAAAUGGUGCUAUUUCAAACUCUGCAGAGGACACAUCCAAACUUAGUGUAGCAUCAGUUAUUUCUCAUUCCUCUACCUCUCCUCCAUGAAUCCUAACUGUUUACCCAGCCCGUAAUAUAAGUAGAAAAAGGAAUGAAAAAUGAGGAGUGUAUCUGAAAUCCCAACCUAGAACUGACUGUAUGUACAUUAUAAAAUCCAAUCUAACUGUACCAUUGUCUAGUAAUAUUGUACAUUUAAAGAGACAAACACAACAACCAAAUGCCCUCGAAUAAUAAUUUUGUAUAUUGAUAUGAUGAAAAUGAAAUUAGAUCUCAAGUGUAUGAUUGAACCACCAAAAAACCUGCAAUCACUUUGAAAUUUGAUUGUUAUUUAAUACAGGGACUAAUUGUAGACAUCACUUACUUAGUAUUUGAUGCUUCCUUACACUGUUAGUCUUAAAAGUUUGUUCAAAUUGUUAAUGUAGUAAUACAUAUCUAUAUUUUUAGUCAUGAUAAAUCCAACUAUUUCCUCCUUUUCAUGCCAUGCUUUUAUACUUUCAUACUAAAACCAUAGAAGCACUUUGGCCUGCUUGGAUCUUUCUGCUUAAUCACGAGGCAUAUAGUCAAAGAGGACAUCCGUCUUCAGACUGACUGACUGCUCUGAGCUUCCACCAGCAUGUUCAUGCUGACAUGAUGAUGGGAAUGGACCAUCUUGUAACCACACCUAUGUAGCUUCCUGGGGUUUUUCUGACACAAAGAGCUACCUCCCUGCAACUUGUAGCAAGAUGGAGCAAUUAAAAGUCAGUAAUCACAACCAAGAUGUUUUGUUUCUGAACUAGUUCAGAUUCAGUCCAAAAGUAACACACUGCUUGGGUUCAGUUUUCAUGUGUGUAGACAGAUGGCAAAAAGCAAAUAAACUGUUUCAAUAUGUUAAGACCAUACAUUUGGAAAAGCUGAAGGGAUUUGAACUCUUUCAAAAUAUACUGUUAAGUAAUUUUUGUUGUAUCUUAGUUAUUUAAAAAGUUAUUUAAAGGAGCUGCUUGUAAGUUUUGCUAUCUCUAUAUAGCAUUAACUGAUGUCUACUUACCAGUCUAGAGGAAAUGUUGCGAGUUCAGUUCCAAGAGCUGUCUCCAGCAGUGGACAGCAACGGCUUCUAGUUCUAUCACUUGUUUAGCAUGCUAAUCAGCUAGCCCUGGCCUGUCUCGUUUCUAUCUGAUAUAGACUAACUGUAAUGUCCAGACUGCCCUGAAAAUGUAGUGCUGCUCAGAGGGUGUAUUUUGUAUUAUAAAUGCACAACAUGAUCUCAUGGCAUCGUGUACAAAUACCAUGCCACUUACAACACUUUGUACACAUUUCUCUGCAUUUUUAGCUUCUCACAUGUCAUUUUAUGCCUUUAGGGUUAGGGGUUAAAAAUGUGACGUAAAAUUACACCAAAAUUUUAAAAACAGUGUAGAAAUGACAUGCAACAUGACUUGGCAUGUUAUUGAUACACUAAUGCAAUGAUGGCUGAAACUCUAAGCAAGUGACCACUACCACCUGCUCAGAGCAAGAAACCACAUUCAGUGACAGAGAAAACUUACUAAUAGCCCCUUUAAAAUUACUGAUAACUCCAUGAAUAGAUAUAAUACUGCAUAAGUGCUACUUAAAGUUUGAGAAAUAUUAUCCUGAAAUUGUAUUAAGGUCUUGGUAUUUCUAAUAAUUAUAACAAUGUUCUCAUAUGGUAACCAACAAAGUACAAUGUCUGACUAUUCUAACUUUGCAGGGAAAUAUGUACAACAUGCAAGCUCCAAAUUAUGAAAGGCCUGAGAGAGCACUUCCCAAUAAUGAAUAAAGAUCUGAUGCCUACACUGAGAACAGCAAAUCCCUCU